AUGUCCGACCCUCUUGCGGACCACCCAGAUCUCACUGCCCUCACGGCAUCUCCCGGCCAGAAGCGCAAGCGAGAACCUGAGAGUCCCUCGCAACGUCACAAGCGCAUUGCACCUCCCGCCACCAUGACGGCUGCCGAGACUGCCGCCUUUAUCGAGAAUGCCAUCGAGGCCACCAAUGCUGCUGCUGCAGCUAACGGUGUCAACGUAGCCGACUUUAAUGCCCUGCAGCAGGCAACCCACGGUGACCACACAGACCACGCGAGCAGCGAUGCCACCACAACAGCGCAGGCCGCCCUCGGCAUGUAUCCCACGCUCCAUGUGCCCCCUUCCACCGAGGAGCAGUUUGCCGCCCAGGCUGCCGACAGUGGCGAACAGCAACAUGACCCCAGUGACUUCAACACCGACAUCACGCACGAUUUGAUGGACCAGGUCGCACCUGAGCCCCAAAAUGGAGUGCAGCAGCCGCAGCAGCCGCAGCAGCCGCAGCAGCCGCAGCAGCAACAACGCCACUACUCGGCGUCGUCACAAGGGGGCACCGCCAAGCCGCCCGUGGGCUCCGACGAGUGGCACAAGCUGCGUAAGGACAAUCAUAAGGAGGUGGAGCGCCGGCGGCGCGAGACAAUCAACGAGGGCAUCAACGAACUGGCCAAGAUUGUUCCCGGCUGCGAGAAGAACAAGGGAUCUAUCCUGCAGCGCGCUGUCAACUUCAUCUCCCAGCUCAAAGAGAAUGAGCAGCAAAACAUUGAAAAAUGGACGCUCGAGAAGCUCCUUACGGAGCAGGCCAUUACCGAGCUCAGCCAGUCCAAUGACAAGCUCAAGCAAGAGUGCGAGCGCCUCUACCGCGAACUCGAGACGUGGAAGCGCGUCGCGCAGAAUGCCGGUCUCGAGCCGCCGCAGCCCAAGGAGGAACCCAGCGUGUCGGGCUAG